AGCUAUAUCAACGAUCGGACCGUUUUCCCUGGGCAGAUACAUUGCGAGCUCCGAUCUAUUCAGAUCUGUGGAGAGAAGAUGAAAUUCCUGCUAAUGCUGGAGAUCUGCGCUUCAGUAUUCCUUGCUGAGCCAGUCACCACCGUGAGAACCCCUAACUGCAGCCAAUAUUUUCUACUACAAUGCUCACGAGAGCGACUCCCAAUCUGUGGAACCAAUGGCGUGACUUUCUCCAAUGAGUGUAUGCUAUGCUUGUUCAAUAGGGAGUACAAUAAAGAUAUUAAGAUUUGGAGAUAUGGAGGCUGUUAAAGAAAAAUGACAGAAGUGGAGCGGCCUUCAAGAACUCUUUGGUUAUCACAUGAGAAUUGCUGCCAUUUACUAAGCGGGUGCUGCUCUCCCAACUCUGUCCCUUUACCACGUUGAGCUUUUCUUCAGAAUUAGAGGUAGAUUUGACGAUCGGGGGUUAGGAAGAGCUGAUCAAGGAAAUGAUUGUGGUCUCAUUUACUACUUAAUCAACAAAUCAGCCCUCAUAUACCUUUUCCAAGGAACA